AUGAUGUGCCCUGACGGCUACCGCCUGCCCUCGAUGCAGGGCCAGGACCGUGACGUCUUCGGCAUGUUGCUGCAGGGCAGCAUCCGACACCUCACGGAGGAGAUUUCCAAAGAAGAGGACCUCUUCGCCGAGACCGACCGCCGCACGAGCCGCUCCGGACGACGGCUGAAGCCAAUGCCCUUCUCGCUGUUGCCGGAGCUUCCAGAUGCCACGUGGAGCUAUUGGAAUGAACUCUUCACACGCUUGGAUGCCGACGAGGACGACCAUGUGCGUGAGCGUGACUUGCUCAGAGAAGGUCUUCUUUCCCAAGAGGUGGCACGGCGGUUGAUGGCGAUUAUUGACCCGGAACACCCGGACAGCUUCACCCGCCGGGGCUUCCUGACGGCCUGCUUGAAAGCGAGCGGCUGCCGACGUGCCGGCUUCGAAUGCGGCCGGUGA